GCGAGUUGCGGGAGGAUCUGGAGCUGCUGUGAGUCUCACUAUCCGGGCUGUGUGUACAAUACAUGCUCUGCAAGUCACAUCACAUACUGCAUACUGCCAGGAGCAGCACCACCCGUGGGAUUUAACCCAGAGUUUCGCCUGGGAUCUAUGCACAUCUCAAUGGACUGUUUGAUUCUUCAGCACAGGUUCUGAUCCAGAUUUUCUGCCAUCCUGGGCUGGUUUCCUGAGGAUCAUCUUGGUGACCAACAGGCACCUACAGAGCAAUAAGGGAUUGCUGCCGGAUGCUGGAUCCCCAUGUUCUUCUCGUCGUGUGGCUUUUUCGGAUGCCUUAGGAUACAGUGUAUCCAAGCAGAGGAGUGUUCAGUUUGGAGUUAAUUUUGUUUUUCUUCUUGCACCAGCCGGAGUACCCACACACCAAGCAGGAGUAAGGACUGUCCUUUGGAUCUCCUUCACUACCGGUGCAGGACUCACUGUCACCCUCUGUGGUUUUUUUUUCUCUCCUCGUCCCCUUUGCUUCUACUGAGAGUUUGAGAGGAGCUAGAAGCAGCUUUGCACGUCACAUUCCUGGGUGUAGGGUCCCAGGAUCGGGUGAGCCCUCAGCAUGGCGUUCAGCAGGGACUCUCUAUGGAAGUACAGCAUGGGAGUUUGGAUCCUGUUGAUCAGGACUGCUAUCUCCAGAUCCUUAGUGUUAGAGCCUAUAUACUGGAAUUCCUCCAACCCCAAGUUCGUUCCUGGACAAGGGCUUGUACUAUAUCCACAAAUAGGAGAUAAACUGGAUAUUAUUUGCCCCAAAAUGGACUCCAAAUCUGUUGGCCAAUAUGAAUAUUACAAAGUUUAUCUGGUAGAUAAAGAGCAAGCAGACAGUUGUACUAUAAAGGACAGAACGCCUUUACUGAACUGUGCAAAGCCUGAUCAAGAUGUGAAAUUUACCAUCAAAUUUCAAGAGUUUAGCCCAAAUCUCUGGGGACUGGAAUUCCAAAGGAAAAAAGAUUAUUACAUCAUAUCUACAUCAAAUGGCUCCAUAGAGGGUGUGGAUAACCAGGAGGGAGGAGUCUGCGUAACUAAAGCCAUGAAGAUCCUCAUGAAAGUCGGGCAAGAUCCUGACUCUGGUUCCGGUAAAGAUGCAUUGCCAACCAGACGUCCAGAUCAAGAAUCAGGCACAAAUGGAAAAAGCUCCACAACUAGUCCAUUUGUCAAAGAUCCUGCAGGUUCUAGCACACAAGGAAAAAAUGCUGGACAUUCAAGCAUCUUAGGAUCCGAGGUGGCCUUAUUUUCUGGAAUUGCUUCAGGAAGCAUCAUCUUCAUUGUCAUCAUCAUCACGCUGGUGGUGCUUUUGUUGAAAUAUAGAAGACGACACAGGAAGCAUUCACCUCAGCACACAACCACUUUGUCACUUAGUACAUUAGCCACACCAAAGCGUAGUGGCAACAAUAAUGGUUCAGAACCAAGUGACAUUAUCAUCCCUCUAAGGACUGCAGACAGCGUAUUCUGCCCUCAUUAUGAAAAAGUCAGUGGAGAUUAUGGACAUCCUGUUUACAUUGUUCAGGAGAUGCCACCUCAGAGUCCAGCAAAUAUUUACUACAAAGUUUGAAGAACAAAUGUGGUACCUUAUGACAUGUAGAGGACACUAAAGGUCCAUUGCUUUCUGAUGGUUUUUUUUGGUGAUUCUUUAUGCAUUAAAGUGGACUUGCAUAAGGAAGAGGCACAAGAGAAAACCCUUCUUCAGAGAGAGUCUCCAUGAGUUGGAUAGCUUAUGGAAUCUGUUUCCUGUAGGUAGGAAAAAAAAUAUUCACUGCAAGCUGGAAGACUUUAUAAAAGAUGCCCAUUCUGAUAGCUAUACCCUGGUCAUGUUCACCUUCCUUUAAGCCAUGAUCUCAAGACGUUCAAACAUAUACAUUAAAGCCAGGUUACCAUGGAGCAAUUCAAGGACCUUAGUCAUUUUUAGGUAAAUUAAAGAUGCUUUAGGAUAUUUAUCUGGAAAGGCAAUCUAUUCACAUGAAAUCUCAGCUUUCUCAGUGCAUACUGGAAUUGUCACAGAGGCCUGUUCUUCUAAGACUUUAAAGAUGUUUUAUUGCUGUUAGUCAAUCACUGAUUCAUUUUCACCUGUUGUCUUGAUUUCAUUACCAUUCUGUAAAUCAUAUUCCUUUUCACUCCACCUCCUUUAUCAUUAAUGGAACAUUAAUCUUUGCAGUCUCUGCUCCAUCCAUUCCUUCUGCAGUCACACUUGAAUGGGUAAUAUAUUAUGGAAAUUGUGUUUGCUAAUACAGAGCCUUCCAGCAAGAACUUAGACUGGCAGCACGGCAAGGAGUCCACAGUAUAAACUGCAGAAUGCAGUCCAAUGAUGCUGUCUCUAGACUUAAGCUUAAGACAGUAUCUUAUAGGCAGAAGAGCACUUUGGUAUCUCUGUUGCGAGUGACGAGAGAUAGAACCAGUGGAACUAUGCUAAACAAAAGAAUUUACAUCCAACAGCAGAACGCAGCGAUCCGUAGUACCUUCACUACAGUAGAACAAAGAAGUAUUGUUAGACAAAUGAAUAAGCAGAUAGAGAAGGACAAAAGUAAGUUGUCAAUGUUGUGUUGAGGAGAUACUGGCAAUAAACAUAAGGAAGUUCUAUGAAACUCCUAGUCUGUUGUGUAUUAAUUUAUUGACAGGCUCAGGUGCUAUCUUGACCAUAUUAAUCCUCAGAUAGGGAAAGCUUUCAUGAUAAUAGCAGAAAGCCAAAUCCGACCUAUGGGUUUAAGAACCGAUGGUCAAAGAGCAGAUGUUUAUUCCAUGUUUUUUUUUUUUUUUUUUUUAAUAAUCAUUUUAGUUACUAGAUAAAAAGAGAUUUUUAAUUUUUUUUUUUUUUUUUACUAUUUGUUUGGAGAACCAUCUUAUCUGACAUAAGGAGUGUUUGGACACCAUUGCUUUGUGGUAAAGAUAUCCCAGUGGACUGCAACAUUUUUUUUUUUUUUGCAGUGGCUAACAUGGCAAUUCACUGGUGCUCUGUUUUAAAGAAAAGCACAUAUAAGUCAUAGGAAUAAAAUAAAUUAUUAAUAUGGAGAGCAGGAAACAAGUAAAAAAAAUUGCAAAAAAAAAUAAAAAAUUAUUUAAUAGGUGUAUAGCACACGGGGGAUAUAGUAAAAAGAUUUUACUAAUAUAUAAUUUAAAAUUGCACAGCCUGCCCCUCCAGAAGAUGUGAAAUCCAUUAUACAGCAGUUAAAUAGUCCUUUGCAGAGCCGAAUGAAUUUGACCCUGCUUCUGGGGGAGAAAUAAAACAUUUCCAAAAAUAACAGUGAGAAAAUGUAGGAACAACAAAGCCCUUGAAAGGCGUCUUGCACAAGAGCAGACUAGGAAGUUCAAACCCAAAAAAGCAGGAAAUCAGUGUUACUGCAUCAUGGAUUUAACAAUGACAAGAAGAUGCUCUGCAAAUUGUUUUCUGCAUUAUAAUUUCCUUUUGCCUUAAUGCAACAAUGCUAUGAGAAUUCAGGAGGUUACAGAGCGCAAUAUCUUUUCUUUCUCUCUUUCUUCCUCUCCCUCUUUUCUCUUUCUCUCCCUCUUUUCUCCUACAUUUAUGUGCUAUGCAAAACAGAUAUCAUCAACACAGUCCUGUUUCUAUGGUAACACUUUGCUCUCUGAAUCGGAAAGAAAAAAAUUAGCAGCAUUUUGAGGUUCUUGCAUCUCUAAGGAGCACCUGCAAAUAUAAAUUGUCACAGGAAAGGUUGCUCUCUAUUUUCCUGAACCUUAAAAUGAUGUUGACAUGAAUGCAUAGUUGUAAGGCCAGUUCCAGGGUGUAAGGCAAGUCUUUCGUAGCUUGUACAACACCCACAUUAUGUACUUUGGCAUUUCUUUAUGUUCCGUGAAGAUUUUUUAUUGGGGGGGGGG